ACCAGCUGAGACUUUAAGGCAAAAAACUUUAAUGAUGACCAUGCAGAAGGAAAGAUCUGAACUCCUAACUUUGAUAAACAGUACCACGUUUAGGAGAGGUUUAAAUUUUCAAUUGUGGCUAGACAACAAUCUAAAAAAUUAUGAGCUGGCCUUGGAAAAAGCUGUCUCUGAAGGUUUUCGCUUUGACAACAUGUCUGAUAAUGAAGGUCGCGAAAAAUGGAAUAUUUUACAAGCUGUAUUUUUUUCUUCCACAGUCUUGACUACAAUUGGUUACGGCAACAUAGUGCCCGAGACCAAAUGGGGGCAACUGUUUUGUAUUCCCUUUGCGAUGAUUGGAAUCCCUUUAACUUUGACGGUGGUGAGCGAUUGGGGAAAAUUAUUUGCCAGUGCUGUCUCCAGGUUGGCCAAACAUCUACCUGCAAUGCCAGAAAGAUGCAGAAAAUCAUUCAGAAAAGCUGCCGUCAGAAGAGCUCUUUACAUUUCUGGAGCAAUUUGUGCCCUUUGUUUAUAUUUGGCUGCAGGAGCUACAGUAUUUCUUUUAUGGGAAAAGGAAUGGACAUUCUUUGAUGGAUUCUAUUUCUGCUUUGUAACUAUGACCACAAUAGGUUUUGGAGACUUAGUUCCAACUCGUCCAAAUUAUAUGCUGCUGUGCACUUUAUAUAUUUUAAUUGGGAUGGCUUUGACAUCAACUUUUAUAGAAUUGAUUAGAAGACAAUAUGCUGAAAGUUGGAGAAGAAUAGCACAAGCGAUGUCGGGCCCUUUAUUGGCAGAAGGAUUGAAGAAACUUAUGAUGGCCCAAAAUAAUGCAGCAGAUGUAGCAUCUCUUCAAAGGAUUCUCACAGUCAGUAUGCCUAGAAGAACCAAAUCUUUAAGAUCGAAGGAUAUUGAUUCACAAGAAUGGGAGGACGCUAUGAGGGCUGUUUUAAGAGACAUUCAAAAUUCAAAUAGCAAUAAAAUUAUUCAAAUUGUUGUUUAUGAAUCGUCAGUUUGAAAUACAUAAUUAUAUGAAUUAUAAUUAAGUAAGUAUUAAUAAUCUAAUCAAAUACAAGUUGCUAUGAAGUAAGUUAUUUUCUUACAUUAAAUACAUAAUGCUACA